AUGCCCUUCGGACCGACCUACGAUAUCAUCAACACUCUCGCCCGAUGGAGUCUCAACUCGUACUUCAAGGCCAUCGUCAUCUCCAACCCCCAGGAGGUCCCGCCAACCGGCCCGGUGAUCGUCGCCGGAAAUCACUGGAACAUGACCAUCGAUCCGGCCAUGUUGUCCUCUAGAAUGCCUCACGGGAGACGAUUACAUUACUGGGCUAAAAACACCCUCUUCAAGAACCCGAUCAUCAACUUCAUCCUUCUAGAUGCCGGCAACAUCCCUGUCGAUCGAACCACCCGAAACAACCAGUUGCUAUUCAAAGGCACUUUUGACGUCUUGAAAUUAGGCGAAUGUGUGGCUUUAUUUCCUGAGGGUACGAGCUACACUCAGCCAAAAAUCAUUCAAGUCAAGGAUGGGAUAGCCUGGACUGCCUUAGAGUAUGCGAAGAAUCUACGGCUGACAGGACAAGAGUUAUCUGGAUCAGCGGGUACGGCGAAUGGACUUCGCACGGCGCCAGGAGAGGUAGAAGAUGUGAAAGUGAUAGUAUGUGGACUGAACUACACGGACAAGACUCGGUACCGGGCGGCGGUUCAGGUCGAGUAUUCGGCGGCGAUCACGCUGGACCAGGCGACGGUCGACCGAUUCAUGACUGUCGGCGAGGAGAAAGCCGCCGUCAAGGAGCUUAUCCGCUCCAUCGAGGCCCGCCUUAGAGCCGUCACCGUCAACGCUGACGACUGGGAAACUCUCUGGUCCGCCCGCAUCCUCCGCGAGUUCAUUUGGGCCGACGGCUUAGGUCCCCUCCACCAUUAUCGCGACAACAUGCAACAGCUCGUCAACAUCAUGUCUUUGAAAGAAGAUUCACCGCCGUCGAUCAGAAACCUACGGACGGAUCUGAUCGAGUAUCACCAUCAACUUGCAGCAGUGAACACGAGUCACCAGGUGUUUGCACAGGUGUUUCCGAGCCGUGAGGCGCGUGCCCGACUGUUAGUCGAGGCCGGCCGCUGCCUGUUUAUCUGGCCCUUCUUCCUCAUGUUCGCUGCGGCCCAUAUCCCGGCCUAUCUGGGCGCUUACUUGGGCUCGCGUCUCCAACCGAAUGAGCCGGAGAGCAUGGACCAAAACAAAGUAGUACUAGGACUGUUCUCGGGGCUAGCGGCAGUGCCGAUCUACGUGGUGAUUAUAGCACGCAUGUUACUAGCACAACAGGAGGAGAGGGACUGGAUGCGUAUGAUGGUAGCGACGAUAAUAGGACUAGGGGCGGUGAUAGUGGUACAUGUGGUGCACGACGGGAUGGUUGAUGGGGCGUAUGGGGCGUGGAAGCGACUGCGCACUUGCUGGCGAUUGAAGGAGGACCGACUGGACGAGCUCUGGGACCUCCGCGAGCGCUGUCUUGAAGGCUGGGCCGCCCUCGAAAACGACCUCCGAUCCGCCCACCAUCCCGGGUUUCUCAAACUCUUGGCUCUCGACUCCCUCGCUUCUCGCAUCCACUCUCCUCUCACCCCGGCUAACUCUUCUGGCCUGAUCGCUGACCCUCCUUCUGAUCUCGAUCCCCUCUUGGAUAGCUCCGUCGACGAAAAAUCUCUUCUCAGAGGUAAAAAAACUCUUUGA